CAUGGUCAAGAAUCCCGGCCAUGUCUGCCGUGGACAGGGUGAGAAGAGCGCCAAGUGUUCUCACUGUGUCGCCGGCCACCACAAGUGCGAGGACUUGCUUGUAGACAAAGAUGGCAAAAUCAAGCCCGCCGCGCGCGCCGUUGCGGCUGCGUCCCUCAAAGUGUCCCGGGGCGAGGAGGUCCCAGAGUACGAAGACUUGGCUACCAAGUACAACUUACUUGCACGCCGGGAGGCAAAGCGGAGGGCGCCGUCAGCGGCAGGGUCCACGUCUGCGGCUGCCGCGGCUGCCGCGGCCGUGAGCACGGAUGCUCUCGCGGAGCUGAUACGUCGACAGAAUGAGAUCCUGCUGGACAUACGGGCUGAGCUGAGCGCGAUGCGGGAGAGGUCCGGGGCGGGGACGCCACAGGUGGAAGAUUCGGAUGUGUAUGAGGACGAUUAUGGGUUUGAGCCGGAGGGGGAUGGGGGAGUUGGAGCUGAGGAGUAA